GUUGGCCUAUACGGUCCGUUUUAAAAUCAUAACGUAUGGUAGCCUAUAAUGACUCAGAAACCGAGGAAUAUCAUUUACAUUUUAGGCAUUAGUAAGUCGUUCGGCCUUUGUUCUGACUCAAACAUUCCUCUUUGUCUGUAUUAGGCUACAGGUGCCUUGAAACAGCCAUUUACGAGACCGCACAGCAACGUAAAGUUUACUGACAAAGGUUUCCUGACAAAAAGGCUCACCAUGUCUGAAUGGAAUGGGUCGAGUGCUCACUUUGAUUGGGUUAGAGGCACCCCACAUUAUGACCAGGUGCCUGUUGGGUCACUGGCAAGGGACACAGAGCUAGCGCUGAGCGCAAACCCUCUCCCAGCUCCUCCCCUUCCUAAGUACCCUGCCGUUGGAGCAGAGUUCUACCCGAGUGACACAGAGGAGAACCCCGACGACGCCAUGGACAUCAAGCCUGUCCAUCGCUUCAUCCCUGACUCUGUGAAGAACUUUUUCCAGGCCAGCAAGCGCUCAGCUGCACAGGACAACAACAACACCACCACUGAUGGGGUGGCGUGCUCUCCUCCAAAUUCCCGCCCCCCUUCUCCAGGUGCCCCUGGGUCGUACCUAGAUCCCUAUGGGGGAUCAGGAGGAAGCUACACCUCCCAGAAGGAACGUGAAGCCAUGUUGCUGGGGGACCCACUGGAGUCUGUGUCUGGGCGCUCCGCCAUGACUUACACUGAGCGUCUAGAGGACUACCACCAGCGCUACGAUUACAUGAAGUCCUGGGCAGGACUGCUGCGCAUCCUGGGCUGUGUCGAGCUGCUGCUGGGAGCAGCUGUCUUCGCCUGCGUCUGUGCGUACGUUCACAAGGACAACGAGUGGUUCAACAUGUUUGGGUAUUCCCAGCCUGGGAUGGGGGUUGGGGGAGCCGGUGGCGCUAUGGGAGGGAUGUAUGCAAGCGGGAGCCAGUACACGGGGCCCAAGACUCCUUUUGUCCUUGUGGUCGCUGGCUUGGCCUGGGUGGCGACCGUCAUACUUGUGGUGCUGGGCAUGACCAUGUACUACCGCACCAUCCUGCUGGACUCCAGUUGGUGGCCCAUCACAGAGGGUGUCAUGAAUUUUGCACUGGGCCUGCUGUACAUGACCGGUGGCAUCAUCUAUGUAAGGGACACCACGCGAGGAGGUCUGUGCAACUUCCAUGUGUUCAACAACGGUCCCAAUGCAGUAUUUUGCCGCACUGAAGCGGGUCAAACGGCAGCCAUUAUCUUCCUCUUUGUCAACAUGGUGCUGUAUCUGGUGGGUUCUGGCGUUUGCCUGAAGUUAUGGAGGCACGAGGCAUCCCGAAUGCGCCGUGAGGCAUAUGCACAAGAGGUGAAGACGUCCGUAUCAGUGCCACUUGGAUUGACUGGCCCAGGCUCCAGUGUUUCUGAGCCGAUCCGGCGGGCUAUGCUGUCAGUCGAGCGCGAUGACAUACCUCUAUCCCCUGCACCCAUGAUGGAGGCACAGAUCAUCCAGGGUCACAUUCCAGCGGGGCACAUUCCCAAACCUGUGAUGAUUCCCGAUUAUGUGCAGAAAUACCCUACCAUUCACUCCAAUGAGGAACGCGACCAGUAUAAGGCAGUGUUCAAUGACCAGUAUGCCGAGUACAAGGAGCUACAUGCUGAGGUUGAGGCCCAGAUUAAAAAGUUUGAUGAGAUGGACGACAUGAUGCAGAAUAUCCGUCCUUCUAGCCAAAUGGAGCAGGAGCGUAUCAAUGCAGUCAUCCAGGAAUAUCAGAGGAAAAAAAUGGAUCCCACAUUUGUGGAGAAAAGGGAGAGAUGUGAAUAUCUCAAGAACAAGCUGUCUCACAUAAAGAAGAAAAUAUAUGAAUAUGAACAGCAUGGCAGCCGGAACAAGUCCCAGCAUACCUUCUCUUACUACCCGGAAGAGCAGCAUCUGCAGUUCUACCGCUGGACUUCCCCACCUGGUGUGAUGAAGAUACUUUCCAUCAUCAUCAUCAUUAUGUGUGUGGGUGUGUUUGCCUGUGUGGCUUCCACACUGGUCUGGGACUAUGACAUGUCCGCAAUGGGCCUGGGAGGCCUCGGAACACAGUUGGGCGGAGGCGGUUAUGGUGGUGGAGGCAGUUUUGGCGGCGGAGGCAGUUAUGGAGGGGGUGGAAGCGGAGGCGGAGGAGGCUAUGGUGGGGGUCAGUAUAUGAAUCCCAAAACAGGCAAGGCCUUCAUGAUCGCAGUAGCAGCCAUCACCUUCAUCGCUGUGUUGAUCAUCUUCAUCCUGGUGGUGUCACGCCAGGGCUCUGCACGUUCACCCAAGUUCUACUUGGCCUCCAUCAUCAUUUCUGCCAUCCUGGCUUUUUUGAUGCUCAUUGCCACUAUUGUCUACCUGGUGGCUGUCAACCCGAGGGCCCAGUCGUCAGGGUCUGUAAUGUACAGCCAGAUCCAAAUGAUGUGUUCUCAGUUCCAAAACCCACAAGCGGGCUCGGUCAACUUCAUCAACCAGUACAUGUAUCACUAUUGUGUGGUGGACCCACAGGAAGCCGUUGCCAUAGUUCUUGGGUUUCUCGUUGUUGUGGGCCUCAUCAUCCUGCUGGUAUUCGCUGUGAGGACUCGCAACAAGAUCCGUAGAUAUGGCAGGGAUCGUGUCCAGUGGGAGGAAGUUAAGAUGCUCAGAGACGUCGGACCCCAGAGUGUUGGAGCAUGGGUGAAGAGUGUAUCUGGUGAACCAGACGUGCUGGUGAAUGACCAUAAUGACCAAGUUGGUGGAUCUAGAAACUUUUUGGACCAAAGCAUGGAUAAGGCGAAACCCAUAUACCUCCCAGGGAGCUCUGACAUUACAAGCUCAUUUGGUGGUCUGAAGAGCAAGCUGAAGGACUUUGACAUGGGAGCAGAGUCUGGGGACGAACUGGAUGACCUUGACUUGGACAGUGAGCUCCCUCCUAUUGUCACUGAGGAGCAGAGGCUCGACUAUAAGCGCGAGUUUGAUGGGGACCAUAUGGAGUACAAGCGCAUCCAAGCUGAGCUCGAUGAUGUAAACCUGGGACUGGCAGAGGUGGACAAAGAGCUGGACCGACUGAAGCAGGGCAGCCCACAAUUCCUGGAUGCCAUGGAUGAAUACAACAGAUUGAAGAACCUAAAGAAGUCAACGGAGUACCAAAUGAAGAAGAAGAGGUGCAAGUACCUGAAGGCUAAGCUGUCCCACAUAAAGAAGAGGGUCAGUCAAUAUGACCGCAGACCAUGAAGGCUGACAUUUGGACCUUUGACCUUUGUUGUCUCUGUCCUGUGCUCAGACCUUUUAGUAUCUGAGUGUUUCUUUUGGGCUUGAGAGCCAAGAUGAGUCAAACGGUGUAACUGUUUUUAACUGUUAUGUUUGUGCAAGUGCUUUGCUGCAGUCUGUGAAAGUACAGUACCAAUGUGAUAUAGUAACUGGUUCUAGCAACACUCCAGUACAAAUUCCUCCACUAAGAAUGUAUUCCAAUACCAGUCUCAGUUCUUCUUUUACUCUUAAGUGAUGGUAUGGUAUCAUUUAAAUCAUUGCUGAAUGCUCUCUCAAAACUAAGCUUGAGCCUGAAAACAAAAUUAAAUUAACCUUUUUUAGCAAUUGUAAACUUAUUAUUCGAUAUUUUUACUGAUAUUUGCAUUCCUACAUGUCACUCUAGAUUUGUAUAUAGACCAUUGUUAUCUCUUUGCAUUUAAACCAAUGAAAAUACAUUAUUAAAAUAUAUUGUAUGCCCAGGUAAUCAAAUUAGUAUUUGUCAACUCAAUUCUAUGUUUUUAGUGUUUUUAUUUUUGGAGAUUAGAAUUGUAUUCACUUCUCAGAUAAUGCCAGAUACAAGGCUAUGGAAGGAUUUAAGUGUACAGUGUUUUAUAUUAUAUUGUAAAUAUGAAUUCGAAAUAAAGCAUUAUUUCUGGAUUA